UGACCCAGUUUCGGCACUUUCCGGCACAUGCUACGGAAAAUUACGAGCCGGUCAGUCAAUAUAUACUCGUGCUACAUCAUCACGCAGAGUGGCCAUGGCCGGUGCCGGUGACCAUUUCUUCGAAGGAACAGAGAAACUGUUAGAGGUGUGGUUUGCAUCUUCCAGUGAUGAAAAGUGCGAUCUACGGACAGUUGCAAGGAAAGAAUGGGAAGGCCUUCUCAAGCUCGUCCGAUGUGAGAUUAUCAGCUGCAUCUCGGAUGAAGACAUGGACGCGUAUGUACUCAGCGAGAGCAGCAUGUUUGUGACCAGAGACAGAUUUAUUCUGAAAACCUGUGGACGCACCACUCUACUGUUGGCCGUGAACCCACUCAUCAAGAUAGUGAAGGAUAACUGUGGAUUUGACAAAGUCAUGGAUAUCUUCUAUUCUCGAAAGAAUUUCUCUCGUCCAGAACUUCAGCAUGGAAUUCAUCGAAGUUUUGAAGAUGAGGUGACACAUCUGGAUAAGCUGUUUCCAAAUGGAGCCGCCUACAGCUUGGGGAGAAUCAAUCGUGACUGUUGGUACCUAUACACACUGGAUGAGGAAGGGGUUACUCGACCAGAUCAGACUUUUGAACUGCUCAUGUGGGACAUGUGCCCAGAGAAGAUGAAGAUAUUUACAAAGGAGGUGUGCGUAGACGGACCCGAGGCUACAAAGAAAUCUGGAAUCUGUGAUAUAAUACCAGGUGCCAAGAUGGAUGACUUCCUGUUUGACCCGUGUGGCUACUCAAUGAAUGGCCUUCUGGAAGGUGGUUAUUACAUCACCAUUCACGUGACCCCCGAGCCCCACUGCAGCUAUGUCAGCUUCGAGAGUAAUGUGCCACAGGAGACUUACCAGGACAUGAUCGAGAAGGUUCUCAGUGUCUUCAACCCUGGCAAGUUUCUUAUGACCAUAUUUGCCAAUAAGGCCUCCCUUGCCCGGAACUCCCACCGAGACCUGGAGAAGAAGGAGCAGAUGAAGGGCUACUUAGUCCAGGACCAUCAGUACUGCCGCUUCAAGAACUACAAUCUCACCUACUCCUUCUUCACCCGCCCUGUCAUUUAGGAGAGAACGUGCAGGGGUCCCACCAGGCGCAGCGUUGUUGCUGAUGCUGCACCUGGAACCUUGGUUUGUGUCUGCAAACCCGCGGGACCUGACUGCACACGUCGUAGUUUCCUUCCCUUCGUAGACUUUUGCCUCUCUAUUGCUUUUGUACAUACUGUGUUUGUUGUGUGUGUGUUUGUAUGGAACUCUCGAAAGAACAGAAAGAAGCACAAGAUUUUGUGCGGGUACAUCACCCGUACACCCAGAUAAAGUUUGCAUGCGGAUUCUGACUGAGCUAAUCCAGGUCACCGCGUGAUCAUGCAUGCAUGCAUGCGCUAAUCGUUCUCCGGGACGAUGCAAGGCAGUCAGCAGUGUUUGUACCUGCCUCAUGCCCCAACACAUACGUGUAGACUCUCACAGCACUUACUCAGGAGACCUGGUCAGAGGUGGCAUUGGAGAGGGGUUUUUUUAAUUAAAAAGUGCAAAAAAAUGGAGGUUCAUCACCGAACUGCAUAGAUUUCUGUUAUGGUUACAGCAGAUUACAUAGCAUGAUACAAAAUCAUGAAACAUGAUUCAAUAUAUAUAUUCUUCAAAAUUUUGUAAUUCCCACAAUUUAUCAAUUCUGAAUUUUAUAAAAAUUACUGUAAGUAGCUAACUUUUACAUGCAAUUCUGAAUUCUGUAUACUUAUAUUUCACUACUAAGUAAAGUAGUUUUUGGAAAAACUAGUUUCCACAAGCGUUGUGGUUGCAUGGCACACAUCAGUGAUAAAACUGUUCCUAAUACAGGAAUAUUGCUAAAAGCGGCGUAAAACCAUACUCACUCACUCCUAAUACAUGACAUUAUUCCUCCUGUCCAGGUCUCCCAAGAGUACAAGCGCUCUCUGUUCUUCCGAGGGUGUCAUCUCACAUCCGUGUGCUUGGUGUAGGGUUGUAUUGAAAACUUGGAAUGUUGCUUCUGUGAUGGAAUACAGUGAGACCCUGCUAAUCCGGAAACCGUGCCUUUUCCACAAGACAGAAAAAAUGUGUUGCCAUUUUGAUUGACUAGUCAAUGAUCAAUUGAUCUGGAUCCAGAAGUCUUGCCUUUUGUCCAAUAAUAAACUGAAGAAAUAUUUCGCUAUUUUGAUUGACUCAUUAAUGGUUAAAUCCGAAUCUGGAAGUCUUGCCUUUUGUGCAAAAAUGAACAGGAAAAAUAUGUUGCUAUUUAUAUUGAUUCAUUCAUGAUGAAAUCCAUUUCUGGAAAUCUUGACUUUCACGCACAAUUGAACAAGAAAAAUAUGUUGCUAUUUUGAUUGACUCAUUAAUGAUGAAAUCUGGAUCGGGGUCUGGAAAUUGGUACGAGAAAGUGUCGUAACUCUGACAGAUACGUCAGUCAGUCAAGAGAAGCGGCAACAUGAACAGCUAUGAUCACCUUUGUUUCUCAGCAAGUCACUGUUCUCUGACCAACUAAUAUUUAUUCUGGCCAAUAAACUUAAAAACAAUGUGUCCAUAUUAACAGGGUUCCACUGUACAGAUUUCCCUCUGUGACAUUCUCAACAAGGGAGACAACUAGUGGUAAUCAGUCCGUGCUGGAACUAAAGUCAGUUCAACAUACAUCAAAGUCAGGGAAUGUCAAGUAAAAUGUUCUGAUUUUAUUCUUCUCUUGAGUAAUAACGUUCAACCUACCAGAGAGUUAUACUGUCAGCAUGACCAAUGUUUUGCUUUGUUGGACUUUGUUACAAAGGACAUUACAAAUAAUUCCAUAAAAACAGACUAAGUCUGCCAAAUUCUUAAAAGCAGGCCUAGAUGACGCUGAGUUGUUAACUCUAUGCUGGUCUGAUUAACUCCCUGAGUUGAAGCUGCUAAAACAAUUCAGUAUGUUUGUUUCUUUCAGCUUAACUGGUUUACCACAGUUUCUGCUCUGUAGCAAACAAAUAUUGAUUGCUUCUGUAUUUAGCCAAAACAGUCUGCUAUGUAGGUUUGCUAAGUUGAAACAGACAGGAUUAGCAGCAGCAAGCUUAGACAAUGAAAUGACAACAUCAUGUUUGGCCAUAAAUGGAAAGUCUUCAUCAUUUGUAGUAUCUUUUCACAGAAAGCAAUGGAAGGUAUACUGCUCAACUUUUGCCAAGAACCACACCUUUGACAAAAAAUUAAAAUUUUGGCCUUUAGCAAAUGUUGAGCGGUAUACAAGCCUUGUUCUGUUCCAGCUUGCUCAUGUCUGACUUUCUUCUUGUAUGGUUCAUUCCAAAAUCUGUUUUCAUCUUUUGGGGUAUUUUUGAUAACUAAGCAAUUUUUUGCAAUAUGAUAAAAUGAUGAAGAAUGGAUUGAGUGAUGUCAUAUGACAAAUCACCACAUGAUGGUAAGGUGACAUGAGACUGCAGAAUGAUGCAGAUGCUGUAGAUAGUUGGAACAACAAUCAUUAAUGAUGGAGUGUGAUUUAUCAUCCAAAACUGACUUCCUCGGGAGAUAUCAUUUGGGUGAGAUGAAGUGAUAGCUCCUAGGAGAUAUUGGCACAACGAAAUUGCAUCACAAUGUUUUGCAGACUAUUUUGACGUGCAAACCAAAUGUCAUCACUAAUCUGUCUGCCACUGGAGCUGGUCAGCUGUACUGACUACGCUCAAGACACUGCUGUACUUAUUACUGUUUACAAGCUAAAAAAGAUGGAGGAAUGAUAUUGGAUGAUGAAUAGCAUCUCAUCCUCGUGACUUAGACAUAAAAAAUGUCAACACUCUUUGAUAAAAGGAAGAUAACUUAUGGGUGUCAACGUCUUUAUGAUGAGGACCACAGGAGUAUAUGCUUCCCCCUUCAUCAGGUGGACUCCGAAACGUUGUGUUCCUCAUUAUAAAGCAGUUGAUAUCCAUAAAUUAUCUAUCUACCGUUUGUGUAUCACUUCUAAAUGCCUUUCAAAGACUUGACUCUUUGAUAAAGUUUUUAAACCCCUCGGCAAGCCUCGCAGUCUUUAACUUUGAUUGACUUGUGUUGACAUAUUGGAUAUCAUAAGACCCUCCAGUGAGAUCCUUUAUAAACCAGGUACAGUCACUCUAGGGAGGAUGUAAAUGAAGUAUAUCCAGUCAGUGUGUAGCUCUGGUUGAUAGCAUGAAGUAGAGGUAUUCUCUCACAGAUAAUAUUUCAGAUUUUAAUCCCAAUCUCCAUGAUUAGUGUCUGUUUUCAGUUGAUGUCUAGACAUUGUAAUUAGAGACAACUGUCAACUUGACUGAUAUACAUUGUCAAAUUUCAGUUUGUAGUCUGAAGUAAUUUGAAAUCUGUUGUGACCGCCAGUUGGUUAGAGCCUGUUAUGCUUUUGGAAUUCUAUGUAUUUCCUAGUAUGGAAAUCAUUAAUGCAAAGAUCUGAUCUAGUUUUUGAAUCACCUUUAGAAUUGAUACUCAUAAGAGAGAAAUAAGGAUGUCAACUUCUUUAUUACGAGGAAAACAACAUUUUAGAGUAAUACUCCUUCAUUGGGUGAAUGAUUGCCAGGGUGCAGAGAGAAUAUAUGUACUGGUACAUGUAAAAACAAUGAAAGGAGUACGAUAACAAAGGUGGAAACUAACACGGGAAGUCAACAGUUAAUUAGCGGCUAUUGGUGAUUAGCAAUAAACAAAUAAAUGGAAACCAGGGGUGCUAAGUUUCCACUUUUAUUGUUGGCAUCCAUAAAUUCUCUCACUUAAGUCUGAUCUACGAAAAAACUUAUUAAUAGUAUCAGACAGAAGCAUGGAUCCAGGUGGGGGUAAGCAGGUGUACACACCUCUCUUUUUGAAACAUACUGUAGAUUUGGAAAUCGUGGAGGUGAUAGGGUGUAUAAGGGUGUAACAAUUCUAUGACAAACUCAUUUUGGGAUAUACUUGCAAAAAAGUAAAUGACUAACAAAUGGAAAUUGCUUCAUCAGGUUAUUUGCUUUCAUCUCACACUUGUACUUGCUAAAUGCAUCCCUCCAUUUCCAAGUGUGUGUCCAUGCUUGGACAUACAUCAUGGCAGGAAGGAGGUUGAACCAGUUAGACUACCUGUGUGAAAAGGUAACGGUCUACAGAAUUCGCAUGAUGACCUUUUUUAGGUUAUCUGCUCUUAGUAUAUGUUAUCCAAUCAGAGGCAAGAAUACAGAGCAAAAGACUUCAGAUCACUUGAAAGAUCUUCUGAUUGGCCAUGAUCAAACACAGGUGGCAGAUUCUUUUCUUAAAUUAUCAGUAUUGGUUGGUUAUCAUGAUGGCCACUGUUUGUCUCUGAAUCUUUCACAGGUGUAAAGAGUAUGUUAUGACGUUCAAGUUAAAAGAAACUGUUGUAUUUUGGAAGGAAACACAACUAUAGCUUUUUGCUUGUUUACUUGAUGUUAUUUAGAGGGAAACUUUGCCUGCAUAUUUCAGUGUUGUAACAUUGUUGUUUAGUUUCAACACGUUUAUGGCUAAAUAAUUACUUGAUUCUGCCUACUUAUAAUACUACAUACAGAAAUAUUGUAUACAGAAAUAUAUGUACACAUUUACAUGAUUAAUAGGCAACAAAUCAUUUGUCGGAGCUGUUUUAAUACUUUCUUCAUUGACUAGAAGGAAAGACAUGAAGCUAUGUAUCCAUGUUUCCGGGGCUUUGUUCAUGAUGUACCUUAUCAGAAUAGGUUUAUUUGAUGCAUGGAGCUGAAUGUUUUCGAUGGUUUCACAGCCAUGAGGGUACUUGUGGUUCUUCAAGACAUCAAAAUAUAAUAUUAAUUUUUAUCUCCAGAGUUUUUAACUUUUCAUUUUUAAUGUUAAAAUAUCUGUUUUUCUGACUCUCAAGAUGACCAUAAGUAGUUUCAGGUUUGUUUGAUCAUUGAUAUAGAAACUUCACUUCAGAUGUUGUAGUGACCAAAUGUAGGCCUUGGAUUUAUGAUUGCAAUUAGAUUACCUAACAUUUGUUUUUAAGGCUUAGUGAGCUACAAUGCCCUUGGGAAUAUGUCUUAAGGACCGUUUGGGGUAAUGAGACUCAUAAUUGUUGCCAUUGUUACUUAUAUAUUUGUUGAAUUCACACAGUUGAAACUAUUCUGUCUUGAAAAGAGGUAUGUUCACAGCAUGUAGAAAGCAAAGGUUAUGGUAGAAUUGAUGAGUUUAACUGAACAUGUUCAAGAUAUUUUCAUUAAAACUGUAUUAACAGUGUAUCUAUUUAAAGGCCACAACAAAUGAACUGUUUGAUUGGCACUCUAGAAGUUGGUGAGGAAGUAAGAAAACACACACCUUAAUGGAUAACAACAUCUUCUUGUUCUGGUUCUGUUGAAUAAUAAAUUAAAAAUAACAUUGCAAAAAGUGAUAUUUAAGUAUUUGAAACUGAUAAAAAUAAACUACUGUUUCAAACUUUGCAAGAUUUUAUCCCACAUUUUUGACAAUUUGGAUCAGUAGGCCUGUAAACCUGGUGUCGGAUGUAGCCCACAUGGAUGUAACUAACACUGUUCACAGCAGCCGUGAAGAGAUUCAGUGUUUCAUGGUUCAUCCUGAUUAUAUGUACCAGGUUGAGAUGUUACUGCAUCUUAUGUACAUGUUCAUACUCAGAAUUAUGUAUUUUUAAUGCUAUAUUUGGAUUUAGAAACGUUAAUGCUAACGUCCUCUGUUCGAAAGUUGUAUAUCAUGUAACCUAGAUAUAUAAAACUGGUCUUGGUAACAAUGCUUGGGGUUGACAGAAUGUAUUCUGAUGUAUUGUUAGACAAACCUACUUGAUUCUCUAAUCUAAUAUCAAUAUGUAAUUUAUAAAAGAAUCUGCUAAAUUUAAUUUUAUAAAUAAAAAUGAUUUGACAUUAUUUCAAUUGUGAGAUGACAAAUGUUUACAUAAUAUUUGAUUGUAUGCAUGUGUAUGUGUAUUUGUUAAACUAAGUCAAGUUUCUAUUGAAAUAUGUGUGGCCUUCACUACAAUCUUGCCAUGAUGAAGAGCUUUUAGGAAUCUAGAAGUAUUUUGUUUUCAUUUUGACUUUGUAUUGGAUAUUUUUGACAUUGUUAUCCCCAAACCAUUAAAAUGGGCAUGUUAAGAUUUGAAAUAUUUCUAUUAUUUUGAGACCUUUGAAGAAAUUUUUUAUAAAAUUGAAAUGUUACCAUGGUUACCAUCUUGUUUUGAAGUAGAUACUCACACAGAUUCAUGAAGAUUUACAUCUUGUUACCUAUAUCAAUGUUUGUUAGAGUAGAAGUCUUCCAAGCGAAUAUAACUCAUCAUUAACAUCAGUUAAUAUUCAAAACUCAAAUAAGGCAAUUUAUUCCAGAUUUUAUGUUUUUCUCUGUUAAUUGAUGUUAUUUGAUAUUCAAUAAAUAUAUUUCUGAUCAAAAAA